GCUCACGUUCCUUGUCCCAGAGACCUUGAGGGAUCAAGAGAAGGUUCACUGGGAUGUCUCAUGUGGACAAGGUGGAUAACACCCUACUACGCCCUCCUUGAGAGAGGAAGGGAGGGCAUUUCGGGACAUCAUGCUCCUGGCAGAGGCAUCAUGGACCCACCAUUGGCUUGUGCAGAAACAGCUGGAAAGGCCGAUGGGCCAGAGACCUCGAUGUCCUUGAGGUCCUGCUUCAGCCAAGGUUUGAAACAGCUGCAUCAUACUCAGGAGCUCUGUAAUGCCACCUUGGUAGCUGGAGGAAAGAGGUUUCCUUGCAACAGGGCCCUGUUAGCUUCCGUCAGCCCUUACUUCCAGGCGAUGUUCUCAAGCGGCUUCAAGGAGUCCAGGGACGGAGAAGUCCUCCUGAAGGACAUGGAUCCAGGCAUCCUCCAAAACCUGCUCUCCUACCUGUACUCAGGAGAGCUGACCCUCAGUCCGGAGAACGCUGAAGAGGUGUUCGUGGCCACCAGUCGGCUUCAGCUCAAGCCGGCCCUGGCACUCGUCAGCAGGUAUCUCAUGGAGAGGAUUUCCCUGGAGAGCUGCCUUCGCCUUUACAUGCUGGCUCAUGAUCACAACCACCGCACCUUGCUGCGUGGCACGUUAGACUACCUGCAGAUCCAUUUUGGCACCCUCUCGCACCACAAGGAUUUCCCCUGUCUGGACCUCGAGGCUUUCGUCAGCAUCAUCUCCUCGGACCGCCUGGCGGUGGCCUCGGAAAUGGACGUCUUCCAGGCCAUACAGCGCUGGGUGGUGGCUAUGCCUGCUGAUCGCCUUUCGACACUCAGGACCCUGCUCCAACACCUACGUUUCCCUCUCCUGACGCAGGACGAAACCGCCCAUCUCCAGGUUGACUUGGCUAUGCUUGACCCGCAGCUGGAGCUGCAGUGGGAGGAGCUGGACGGGGCAGGGAGGCUGCAACAGGGCCGGGUCCUGAGGCAGGGCAUGUACCAAGAGAGGAUCGUGUGCAUCAGGGUGCCUCGCUUGGGGGACAUCCUCUCUGCCAGCGACGAAGAGGACUGCUACCUGGAGUGCCUGAAUCCAGCGACAGGUUCAAGGACAAAGCUUCCCCCUUUGCCGCUGGUGGCUCUUCCUGGCUGCUCCGUCCUGGAACACCGGCUCUACAUCUCGGGGGGCAAGCACCCCGAUGGCUCCUACUCCCAGGCGCUGCAGGAGUACAACUCUCUAGCGGACGUCUGGCACCAGCUCCCGGCCAUGUCCACCCCCCGCUCCGUCCACAUGUUCUUAACGUGCCAGCAGAAGCUCUUUGCUCUGAGCGGCUGGAAUGACAGCGGGCCGCUUGCCUCGGCAGAGAGCUUUGAUGUGGCCCGGCAGGUUUGGUCGCCCAUCGCCAGCCUCCCCAUCACCCUACGUUUCUCAGCCUCUGUGCCGUACAAGGCCAAGCUCUACCUGAUCGGUGGGGAUGCAGACUCCGUGGCGGUGGUUUAUCAGGGCAUCCUCAUCUAUGACAUCCACCUGGAUACCUGGGCGCAGGUGCCUCUGGGGUGUUGCCUUCACGGGGCGUCGGCGGUCGCUUUGGAGACAGGGAUCUGUGUCAUCGGGGGCUUCUUCUCCAAGAAAGCCACACACCUGUCCCCAAACAGGACGUUCAGCCCGCAUCUCCAGUGUACCUCCAAGGGCUUCUUCUUCCUGGAGUCAGGUGUGAUAAGCCAGGAGGUGGCCAUCCCUCCCCUGCCCUUGCCGCUUGCCUUUGCUGGUGCCACGGUUUCCCAAGGGAAGGUUUAUCUGAUGGGAGGGGUCUGCGCCUCCAGGACUCACGAUGCCAUCUACCACUGGGAGCCCGGGGAAGUGGCCUGGACUCAGUACCCAGAGAGCCUCACAGGGCAAGGGGCCCUCGUGCGGAGGGUGUUGAAGUGCGUGACCCUGAAGGUGGCCAAUCCAAAGCUCGACGCUCUCCUUAGAGAUCCUUGCAUUUGCCGGGUGGCUAUUGGGGCAGCUGAACCAAAGCCCCCUUGUUGAGGAGAGUGGGGACUAGGACUAGCCCCCCCUCCCCCCAUCCUCCAGAUUAGCCUCUCUCAGCCUCAGAGGGUGCUGGGACUCCAUG